AUGACCGCUGCGGACCCUCUCCCCGAACAGCACACUAUGGGUGCUCCUACCACGAGCAACGGCGCCGCCAGUAACGGAGCGGCGACCGCAGCCGCCACCGGCAGUACCUCUCCUCAGAAUGGACCUCACUCCCUCCCCCCGACGGUUCUGGAUCAGAUCCGUCCUUAUCAACCGGCCGGUUCCCUUAUGUACAUGGACGACAAGGACUGGCAGCCAGACCACGACAUGGAUGUGCCCAUGGACCACAUGGACACGGACGACGACACCGACAACGUCCGGGCGCGGCCACCCGCCAGGAAACAGGCGUUUGGCAAGCGUAUGCCCGUUGACCGCGAAGAGGUCGUCCGUUUGAUGCUUCAGGGCCUGCAGGACAUUGGCUACCAUCAAGCGGCCGACGUCUUGGCCAAAGAGUCUGGCUUCACCCUUGCUUCUCGCGCAGCCCUCGACUUCCAGGCCGCAGUUCUCGGCGGACGGUGGUCCGAAGCCAUCUCGUUGCUCUCCGAUCUCGGGAUCACUUCCCGCCCGCUCACCAAGGUCGCUUCGUCGCGCAGCAGCAUUGCCUCGGGUCUGACCACCAAAGAGGCAGACGUCAACCCAGCAGAGCACGCCAAGUUCCUGAUCGCUCAGCAAAAGUACCUCGAGUACCUCGAAUCUGGACAACAGAAGAAGGCUCUCGCAGUUCUCCGAAAUGAGCUUGCUUCGUCGGCAACAGACAAGGAUUCUCUGCACGACCUGUCGGGCUACAUGAUGUGUUUGGAUCGCGAGGAUCUUUACGAACGAGCCAAGUGGGACGGAGCUGCGGGCAUCUCGCGACGACAGCUUCUUGAGCGACUCCAAGAACACAUCUCCCCAAAGGUCAUGGUACCCCAGCGGCGUCUUGCUACCCUCUUGGAUCAAGCCCGGCAACAACAGCAACAGUCAUGUCUGUACCACGACGACAGUGACCCAGUCUCCCUAUACACAGACCACCAAUGCGCCAGUGGGUCCUUCCCCUCGGUCACAACCCAUGUGCUUGCGGAUCACACCGACGAGGUCUGGCGUAUCGAGUGGAGCCCGAAUGGCAACCUUCUCGCGUCGGCCAGUAAAGACAAAAGCGCCGUCAUUUGGCAGCUCAAGACACCGUCCGAGGGCAACGGGAAGCAGUACAGCAUUGUCCCCUUGCAUCAUCUCAAGGGCCACGCGGGCGCCGUCGAUGCUUUGGCUUGGUCGCCCGAUGGCCUCACACUCGUGACGGCCUCGCUCAUGCGGGUCUAUGUCUGGGACGUCAAGACGGGAAACCAGAAGAACUCUCACUUGGACUCGUCGCCACACACAGACACCAUCAGCUCCAUCCAAUGGAUGCCAAACGGCGAGCAGUUUGUCGUGACAUCUUGCGACUGCCACGUCGUCUUUUACAGCCGCUCCGGCAGCGUCAUGAACAAGUGGUCGAUCAGCAACCUCCAGAUUAUUGAUUUUGUCAUUACGCCCGACUCGACCCGCAUCGUGGCAGCAUUCACGUGGCUGCGUCGCGUCGCGUCGCACAACAAGCUCAAGCCGUCCAUCUCAGUCCGCCCCAACCCGUCCGAUGAGCGUGGCACAGACGACAUGGCGUAUGGCAACAUGGAGCAUGGCGUUGCCGUCAUUCGCAUCGCCGACCGAGACAUUGUCGACUAUGUCUCCGACAUCCAGUGCUCGGACGUGACGAGCCUCAAGCUUUCGCACGACGGAAAGCGCGUGCUGGUCAGCUGUGCACCCGACGAGCUCCAGCUUUUCGCCCUCGAGCCACACCUUCACGUCGUACGCAAGUAUGUCGGCCACGUCCAGAGCCGCUUCCUCAUCCGCAGCAGCUUUGGCGCGACCAAGGACCGCUUCGUGCUCAGCGGUUCGGAAGACGGCCAUGUGUACGUCUGGCAGAGCAACGCGGCCACUCCGCUGGAAGUGCUCUCGGGUCACCGCGACACCGUCAACGCCGUGGCGUGGAACCCCGUGUCGUCUCGCAAGCUGUUUGCGUCGUGCAGCGACGACACGCAAAUUCGUAUCUGGCAGCCUCCUCUGCAUGGCACUGCCGGCGAGGACGAGGACGAGGACGGUGAGGGCGAAGGCAUGGAGUUGUAG